AUGUGCCAUAUCGUAAUCGCUCAGCGGAUGUGCAAGACCUGCCGCUGUAGUCUCGGCGAGACUGUCACUGACUUCACACGCUGCGCUCGUAAAUGCUCGAGUCCUUUCUAUUGUCUCACGCCCGAACCUCAAAUGGAGCUCUGUAGCCCCUGCACCGCGGCAGCAACAACAUCGGCACCUGUUCUUGCAUAUGAUGUCGAGGACACUUACACUACAGCCGCCACCGCUGCAGCUUCGCCUUGUACAAGACUCCAUGAUCAUCCCUUCACGAAGGCUGCGAUAUAUCCACCACCUGCAGUCACCCGCCUCGCUGCCUCCCACUAA